ACGUAGCCUUGUCCAAUUAUCGUUGAAAAAGCGCAAGCAGGAGAAGGAGCCGGGCCGCUCCGUAAACAUCAUCCCGCCCUUAUACGCCGCCUGUAGCUCCGCCGUGCUUUCCUCCGAUCAGAUGGAUACUGAUACUAAUGAACAGCAACCAAAACAAGAGCGUCUGAGGACAAGAUGGACACCAUCCCUUGACAAGAUCUUUGCAGAUCUAGUUGUUGAACAGAUUCGGCUGGGAAAUCGACCAAACAAUGUCUUUGAUAAGAAAACUUGGAAUUACAUACGCAGUGAAUUUAAUAGACAAACAAAUCUCGAUUUCAAUAAUAAUCAGUUGAGGAAACACCUUGAUGUACUCCGGACACGUUACUAUGCUUUCAAGUCUGCUUCUGGUCAAAAUGAUCCUUUGGUGGAUUGUUGCUUUGUUGGUUUUGAUCUGUGGGAAGACAUUGGGGCACAACCAAAGCCUGAAACAACCAAGAUCAAGGAGUGCCCUAUAUAUGAGGAAUUAUGCUUGAUUUUUGCCGACUCUGGUGCUGAUGGAAAGUAUGCCCAGUCAAGCCACUAUGGAGAAUUGGAAAAAGCAGCUGGGGUAGAUCCAUCUUUUACUGAAAGCCAAAAUCCAUGUCCUAAAGCACCACUCCCAUCAACAAUCUCACAAGGCAAUGAAACUUCACCAAAAGCAACAGCUAAGAGUACAGUGGAGAAAAAAAGAAAGCGUCUGUCAGAGGCAGUACCCGAUUCAGGUGAAAACAGUAGGGACACAGAGAUGAUCAACAUAAUCUCAGAAACCUUGCAAGAGAUGAUAGCCGCUUCAAAGUUGCGAUCGGUUGAUGGUCCUCAGUUUGACAAAAGAUUCACAAUAAGCAAGUGUAUUAAAGCAUUGGAUGAGAUGGAAGGCAUGCAUGACACUCUGUACUAUGCAGCUCUGGAUUUAUUCGAGGAUCCAAAUCUGAGGGAGACAUUUCUGUCUCUUAAUGACAACAUGCGUUUGACAUGGCUGCAGGGGAAUUUUGGUAAUCCUGUCUCAGACUCGCUCAUUGGGCUAUGAUUCUAGCAUUGAUAUUAUUUCAGUAGCAACAAUCAUCCUAGUGUUGAUAUUUUUUAUACCAUUAGUGUAUUGGCAAGUAGAAUAUAAGUCAGGUUUAAAUGGUUUUUGAUAUUUAUACUAGCUUCAUAGUAGUAGAACAGACUCAUUUUCAUUCCUUUUUUUACUCCCUGCCUUUAGGCAGUGGCUAGAGGCUCUAGCUGCCAACUUAAUUAGCAAGCAAAUUGUUUACCAAAGGCUAAUAUUUAUAUAUCAACUGUCUAUUAGGAGUAUUACA